UCCGCUCCACUCCACCACGGUGCAGAGCAGCAUAUAUUGGCGAGAGAGAGGCAGGGCAGGCAGCGCUCCCAACCACUCCCACCACUGUUCCUCCCCUCUCUCGAGCUGGGAGACGAUAUCCUAAACUCCAAAGCAGCAGCGGAGGGGAAAGCAACAAGCCAAGCGAUCGAUCAUCCGGAAGACGCCGGGAGCGAGAGGCACAAAGAUACACGGCGCCUGCCAUGUCGCCUCUCCGUGACCUGGACUGGUCGGUCAUCACCUGAGAGAGAGUAGAGUCCGACCGACGAGGGGAAGGUAGCUGCCAGUUUGGGCAAGAGUGGUGAGUGAGUCAAGGGGGCAAGAAGAGAGCGGUUUGUUUUCUUCCGAUGGCGGCCGCCUCGUCCGCGCCCUUCUUCGGGCUCGGCGACACGCAGAUGCAGCCGCCCCAGGGCCCCUCUCUGCAGCAGAACUCCGCGGCGGCCGCGCCCGGCGCCGCCGCCGCGCCGCCGAAGAAGAAGAGGAACCAGCCCGGCAAUCCAAACCCCGACGCGGAGGUGAUCGCGCUGUCGCCGCGGACGCUGCUGGCGACGAACCGGUUCGUGUGCGAGGUGUGCAACAAGGGGUUCCAGCGGGAGCAGAACCUGCAGCUCCACCGGCGCGGGCACAACCUGCCGUGGAAGCUGAAGCAGAAGAACCCCAAGGAGGCCCGGCGGCGGGUGUACCUGUGCCCGGAGACGACGUGCGUGCACCACGACCCGUCCCGGGCGCUGGGCGACCUCACCGGGAUCAAGAAGCACUACUGCCGCAAGCACGGCGAGAAGAAGUGGAAGUGCGACAAGUGCAACAAGCGCUACGCCGUGCAGUCCGACUGGAAGGCGCACUCGAAGACCUGCGGCACCCGCGAGUACCGCUGCGACUGCGGCACGCUCUUCUCCAGGAGGGACAGCUUCAUCACCCACCGUGCUUUCUGCGACGCGCUGGCUCGUGAGAGCGCGCAGAUGCCGCCAUUGGGCGCCGGCCUCUACGUCGGCUCCGGCAGCAUGAGCCUCGGGCUCUCCGGCGCCGCCGCCCAGAUGCAUGGCUUCGCGGACCAUGCCGGCCAGUCCUCUUCAGCAGCAGCAGCAGCAGCAGCCGCUCAAUUCGACCACAUCAUGCCACCGUCCUCGGGCCCCUCUUUGUUCCGUUCUCAGGUGUCGGCCUCCUCGUCGUCUUUCUUCCUCGGCGGCGGCGCUCCAUCUCCCGCUCAGGACUUCUCCGAUGACCCCCAGGGCGGUCAGGGCUCGUCUCUGCUUCACAGCAAGUCGCCCUUCCAAGGCCUGAUGCAACUCCCCGAGCAGCAGCACCAGCCGGGCAGCAGCAACGCCAACGGCAACCUCCUGAACCUCGGGUUCUUCUCUGGCAACGGCGGCGGCUCGGCCCGCGGCCAGGACGCGCGCCUUGUCAUCCAAGACCAAUUCAACGGCGGCGGCGGCGGCGGCAACGCCGAUCACAGCAGCGUGAUGGCGUCCAUGGGAAGCCACCUCAGCUGCAGCAGCUUCCCCUCUUCGCUGUACAACUCAUCUCCAUCGGCCGGCCUGGCGCAGAACUCGGCGACGGCGCUCCUGAUGAAGGCAGCCCAGAUGGGCUCGACGUCGAGCGCGCAGAACGGCCCCAGCGCGCUGCUCCGCGCCGCCGGCUUCAGCGCCGCCAGCGGCCAGGGCACUAGCAGGGCCGCAGGAGAAGGGACGUCGCACGAGGCGCACUUCCAUGACCUCAUCAUGAACUCUCUAGCGGGAGGCAGCGGCGGCGGGGGCGGCUUCUCCGGCGGCGGCGCAGGGUUCGGCGCCGUGGACGACGGCAAGCUGAGCACGAGGGACUUCCUCGGCGUCGGCAGGGGCGCGAUGGCGCCGCCCGGGCUCCAUAUCGGCGCACUGGACCCGGCCCAGAUGAAGUGAUCGAUCGAUGUGACGAUAGGAUCAGGGAGUGAACAACAACAAGAAGAACAAAACAAGGAGAAGAUGCAAGAGAACCAAGAAGUCUCAAUAAACAGACGGGCGCGUGCACGUGAAACCGAGCUUUCGCGUGCAUGGACCAUGGAGAAGGUGAGCUAAUGAGGGAUCGGAGAUACCAAGUAAACUUAAUCUAACUUCAUCAUGCAACUUGAUUUUGCUAUUCCGGUACAAUUUCGUGGAGUUUAACUUUCAAGUGCUUAGUUAAUAUAAUUAAACUUUUGGCUGGACGGAGAUGAAUCGUGGUCUCCCCUGAUGUGAAGUUCAUCAUGUGGAGGCCGGAGAGACCAGACCUGAAUCUAAGCAGGAUGUUUUGGACGUUUA